AUGCCCGUCCCUGCCUCCUGGCCCUGCCCUCCUCCUGGCCUGCUGCUGACUCUGCUGCUGGGCCUCGCAGGAGGGGCAGGUGCGGAGCUGCAGGUGAUUCAGCCUGACAAGUCAGUGUCGGUGGCAGCCGGAGAGACGGCCACUCUGAGAUGCACCCUGACCUCCAUUAACACCGUGGGACCUGUCAUGUGGUUCCGGGGGAUACGGCCCGGCUGGGUGUUAAUCUACGAUUUCAAAGGAGGCCUCAGCCCCCGAAUAACAACCGUUGGAGACACCACGAAGACAGACAACAUGGACUUUUCCAUCCGCAUCAGUAACAUCUCCCCAGCAGACGCCGGGACCUACUACUGUGUGAAGUUCCGCAAAGAGGACACUGGCAACGUAGAGUUCAAGUCUGGGGCAGGCACUCAGCUCACCGUGAGAGCCCAACACUCGCCCCCCGUGGUAUCAGCCCCCACGGGGAGGGCCGCACCUGGGCAGACGGUGAGCUUCACCUGCGAGUCCCAUGGGUUCUCCCCCAAGAACAUCAUACUGAGAAGGUUCAAAGACGGGAACGAGCUCCCAGCCUCCCGGACCGCCGUGGACCCAGAGGGAGACAGCCCUUCCUACAGCGUCUCCAGCACAGCCAGGGUGCGGCUGGCCCGGGGGAUGAGCCCCCAGGUCAUCUGCCAGGUGGACCACAUCGUCCUGAAGGGGGACCCUCCUCUCUGUCAGACUGCCAACCUGUCUGAGGUCAUCCGAGGCAGACGCCAACUACCCCCUCAAGACACCAGAGCGGAAGAAGGGGAUCAUCUGCACAUUCUCCGUCUGCUGCACUGGCGUCCCCCUGACCUUGUGUGCACGUCUGGUGCCUUGACUCUUGUGGCUGCUGCUCAGGGGGUGCACCCGAUGACUGACUGGGUGCUGCUGCAGCUGCAGAUGGUGGAUCCUGUAACAGGUGAGUUGGAGGAAGUCCUUAGUCUUCAGUGA